CUUCCGUCUGGCUGCGGGAGAGGAGCGGCGUAUCAUGGCGGCGCGCGGAGUCUGGUCUGGAGGAAGGGGCCCGUUUCUGGCUUUGGCCUUCGGGGUUACGUUGCUGAAAGUCCUUCUCAUUCCGACGUAUCAUUCCACAGAUUUCGAAGUGCACAGGAACUGGCUUGCAGUUACCCACAGCCUACCAGUCUCUCAAUGGUAUUACGAGGCAACUUCUGAGUGGACCUUAGAUUACCCUCCGUUUUUUGCCUGGUUCGAAUACAUGCUUUCACACAUUGCUAAGUACUUCGACAAAGAGAUGCUGUCCAUUCAAAACCUCGACUACUCCAGCCAUAUGACCGUUCUUUUCCAAAGACUUUCAGUCAUCACCACAGACACUCUCUACAUCUAUGCUGUGUACCAAUGCUGCAGUUGCGUAAAUGGGAAGCGAGGCGGAAAAGACCCACUAGAAAACCCUCUGUUUGUUCUUUCAGCUCUUCUGUUAUGGAAUUUUGGUCUCUUAAUUGUGGACCAUAUCCACUUCCAAUACAACGGUUUCCUGUUCGGACUCCUGCUGCUUUCUAUUGCACGGUUAUUCCAGAAAAGACACUUAGAAGGAGCUUUUCUCUUUGCUGUCCUCUUGCAUUUCAAGCACAUCUACCUCUAUGUAGCCCCAUCCUACGGCAUGUAUCUACUCCGAUCCUACUGCUUCACCGCCAGUAAUCCAGAUGGACCUCUCCGAUGGCGCAGUUUCAGCUUUCGCCGCUUAAUCGCCCUGGGAUUAAUCGUCUGCCUUGUUUCUGCGGUUUCUCUGGGACCAUUUCUGGCUUGGGGCCAGCUUCCUCAAGUUUUCUCUCGCCUCUUCCCUUUCAAACGGGGCCUCUGCCAUGCAUACUGGGCCCCAAACAUUUGGGCGGUGUAUAACUCCAUUGACAAAAUUCUGUCAGUCCUUGGACUGAAGUAUCAAUUCCUUGACCCUGCAAAGAUGCCUAAGGCAGCCAUGACUGGAGGGCUGGUCCAGGAAUUUCAACACAGCGUCCUUCCUUCUGUGACCCCACUGGCAACCUUACUCUGUACUGCUAUCUCAGUGCUGCCUUCUGUUUUCUGUCUUUGGUUUAAACCCCAAGGGCCCAGAGGAUUCCUGAGGUGCUUGGUUCUCUGUGCGCUAAGCUCCUUUCUGUUUGGUUGGCACGUCCACGAGAAAGCAAUUCUCCUCGCCAUUCUCCCUCUGAGCUUGCUGUCCGUGGAGAGGUCAAGGGAUGCUGGUAUUUACCUAAUCCUGUCCACCACAGGGCACUUUUCUCUCUUCCCACUGCUGUUCACCGCACCAGAACUGCCUAUUAAAAUACUGCUGAUGCUCCUCUUUUCGGUGUACAGUUUCUCCUCGCUGAGGGCCCUGUUUAGGAAAGAGCCUCUGCUGAACUGGCUGGAAGCAGUCUACCUCAUUGGGCUAAUCCCCGUAGAAAUUGUCUGUGAAAUAGUGUUUCCUUUUACCUCCUGGGCACAAAAACUGCCUUUUCUCCCUUUAUUGCUCACCUCGGUCUAUUGUGCUUUAGGCAUCAUUUAUGCCUGGCUCAAACUAUAUAUCUCAGCCUUCACGGGACCAUUGGAAGUCAAACAAAAAGAAGAAUAAUGAUGUUUACAGGGGGCUCCAAGGCGACAAGGAUCAUUCCAGAAAGUUCACAAUGGCUAAACGGCGACUGCUGCUGAAAUUGAACAUCGUGUCCAGUUCCAGAACGGCUCCCUCGUUCUUGAAAGACUUGGGAACCUGAAAAUCAUCAAGAAGCUGGGCUAUUUCCAGAGUGAGAAAGGAUGGAAUUUACUUUAUCAAACAACUUUUAAUGGUAAACAAAAUGGGACUGAGGUUUUUUUUAAAACCAGUUUGACCCAAAUGAAAUACUGGUUUUUUCACCGUUGGUAUAGCAGGAAAAAUCAACAUUUUUGCUUUAUUUUUCUUUAAGAAAUUCUGCCUCCAAAGGCCAUAGGAAUGUGCUGAUACAUAUCCAGAGGGAGCGGGGACAAUAUAAUUGUGUCCAUUUGGAGGGUUCGAGGAGAUAAUUUUUUAAAACUUAAAUAGGCACAUUCGAUCUAACGGAAGCUUAAUAUAUAUUUUCCUAAUUUUGAUUUAAAAUGAAAACAGAUUUGCAAAUUUCAGGGGAGGGCUUUGGACACACACACACAAAGGAGAGAGACUGGGUACCCCAACUCUGUAUUAUAGGAUCACUGAUCUCUAGAAAAAGUUCAAUUGCUAUCAUCCAUGGUGAAAAAUGUGAAUAAAGAAUUCAUUUUUUUA